AAGCUUUCAGUUCCAACCACGUUAGUUGGCUUUUGGUUACUUUUUUUUUUUCCUAUUAAAAAUUUGUUACAAGAAAUGAACUCUGAAUUCACCAAAAACUAGUGUUGCACUCAUAAAAAUAAUUUUGCCAUGUUAGAAGACACGUUUUGGGAAGAAGACAUCUGGGAAUAUAAAUCUAAAAGAAAACCCAAACCAGUACAUCCAAAUAAUUGUUCUGAAAAUAUUUCAGACUCUGUUGAAAAAGUAACAGAUGGGAACUACCCAUCAAAAAGAAAAAGAAACACAAAAAGAACUUCAGAAAAGCCAGGCGAGACAAAGGACCACAAAGUGUGCCUUGCAGAAACGGACAGUCAGAUAUCUGCAGGUUCCAGUCAGAAUUCGAGCUGUAAUGAUGAGAUUCAGCAGACUCAAAGCCAAGAAACAACACCAAAAAAGCAGUGUAGAACUCACAGAGGCAAGCAGGUGACCCCAAAGGUGCGCCCAGUGUAUGAUGGAUACUGCCCAAGCUGUCAGAUGCCCUUCUCCUCACUGCUAGGUCAGACGCCCCGGUGGCAUGUUUUUGAGUGUUUGGAGUCUCCACCGAUCUCUAACACAGAGUGUCCAGAGGGUUUGCUGUGUACCUCCACAAUUCCUUCUCAUUAUAAGAAAUACACUCACGUCCUGCUUGCGCAAAGCCGGGAUAGCAAGGAGAGUCUCAGCAGCCCCUCGCACGCAUUGGCUGGGCGGUUUGCUGCAGCGACACCAGAUUCUCCUUAUAACCUUGAGGAAAGACGGUCUGUGCUUCUGAAAACUGGGAACUCAAGAAAAGUGUUAGAAGAUUCUUUGUUGAUGAUACAGUGUCUAAAAACAUCUCUGCCUCCAGCUGAAACCAACAGGAAGAGCGUCUCUUCUCCGUGUUCUCAAAUGUCUCUAGUUCCACAGCCUGCAGAGUUUGUUAAGAGAGACCAGCUGGUGGGAGGUGGACCGCCUCUUGCUGAGGUUGUAUUCAAUAGCCAAAGCGAGUCAGGGAGUACGGGUUUGCCAUUGCCAGAAAAUGACGGUGGCGGCUGUGAGAUCUCUUAUUCUCCGCUGCACAGUGACGAAGAGACUUAUGACAUAGACCAAGAGCUGGACGAUUCACAGCAGGAACUAUUUUUUACCCAAAGCUCUAAAGACAGCAGCCUAGAAGAGGAAGGCUCUGCCAUUUUUGAAGACUUUCAUGGUCCCUCCGCAAAGGAAGCAGAGGGGAUCUGGCCCACAGCGAAGAGCCUGGUUGCUCGGGCUAGGUGUAGUUCGUUGAGUGAAGGCAGUACACUAAAUGACUCUUUUCUUAUCUCCCAAACCCCGAGCAGGUUUUCCCGAGAGGAUCUAUCACACACAGAUGCAGCCUUCCUCUUCCUCUCACCUGCGUUGGCAGUGGGAGGUUCUGUUUCUAAUUAUCAGACCACUAAGGGCAAGCCUGAUGAGCCAGAAAAAUUCCACUCACUUGCAUCAAGUUAUCAGCCACAGAAAAUUGAAACGUCAGCUGUUGGCAAUCAGACUUCUCUGCCGUUACUUACAAGUGCCAUGUCAAAGCCACGGGACAAGGAGGGAGGCGAGCGUCUGCCUCUGCAUCCAGCCCUAAGUCAGACUAGAGGAUUACAGAGUAAGGGCUUGGGUGCUCCAGGUGCUAACUGUGCCUGCAGGAACGCACAGAAGCCCGCUAGCACACCUCUUGACAAGCCCUUGGGCACAUCGCCUUCCAGUGCCAAGUGCAGCCCAAGCCAACCUUCUAAGAGAGUCAUGAAGCAAAUGGAUAUAGGUGUGUUUUUUGGACUACCACCCAAAAGACAAGAGACACCACGGAGGGGAAGUGCAUCAGAAGGGCCAAAUGUCAGUCCAGUUGUGAGCCCCAAUGAAAAGAGGCCCCGGUUGAGUAAGAGGAAAGCACAGAGUUCUCUGAGUGACUUAGAAUUCGAUUCAAAGAAUUCAAGUGAGAGUCAGCUCUCUGUGGAACUGUCUGGAGAGAGGACCCAACAUCGAAGAAAGAGACAUAAAAAGUCAAAUUCACCCCGGGAAGGAACAUACCAGCGCAGGUCAGGUCACCUCAGUAACAAUCCAGAGUUGGGAACAGUCAGCUUGAGCAAAGGCAAAGCCUUUGUAAGACGGACUCACGGCAGGACGCAGAGAGGGAACUCAAACGCUUCAGAGUCCUCUGGUGCAGGGAAGUGGAGAAGAACGUGUCCGUUCUAUAAGAGAAUCCCUGGGACUGGCUUCACUGUGGACGCUUUUCAGUACGGUGAGGUCGAAGGCUGCACGGCCUACUUCCUCACACAUUUCCAUUCUGAUCAUUAUGCUGGGUUGUCGAAGGACUUCACCCGGCCGGUCUAUUGUAGUGAGAUAACUGGCAAUUUGUUGAAGAAGAAGCUUCGUGUACAAGAACAGUACAUCCAUCAGUUGCCGAUGGACACAGAAUGUAUAGUGGAUGGUGUCAAGGUUGUUUUGCUGGAUGCCAAUCACUGUCCAGGUGCUACCAUGAUCCUUUUCCAGCUUCCCAACGGUGCUGUCAUACUGCACACUGGAGACUUCCGAGCAGACCCCAGCAUGGAGCGCUCUCUCCUGGCGGGCCGCAAAGUCCAUACCCUGUUCCUAGACACCACAUACUGCAGCCCAGAAUACACCUUCCCAUCUCAGCAGGAGGUUAUCCAGUUUGCCAUCAACACUGCCUUUGAGGCUGUAACUCUAAACCCGCGAGCUCUUGUUGUCUGCGGCACCUACUCUAUUGGAAAGGAGAAAGUCUUCCUAGCCAUUGCUGAUGUUUUAGGUUCAAAGGUGGGCAUGUCCCAAGAAAAAUAUAAAACUUUGCAGUGCCUCAAUAUUCCAGAAGUCAGUUCCCUCAUAACCACAGACAUGUGCAGCUCUUUGGUUCACCUCCUCCCAAUGAUGCAGAUUAAUUUUAAGGGUUUGCAGAACCAUUUGAAGAAGUGUGGUGGGAAAUAUGAUCAGAUUCUGGCGUUCCGGCCCACAGGAUGGACACACUCUAACAACAUAACUAGCAUAGCAGAUAUUACUCCCCAGACAAAAGGGAAUAUAUCAAUAUAUGGAAUCCCCUACAGCGAACACAGCAGCUACUUAGAAAUGAAACGUUUUGUCCAGUGGCUGAAGCCACAGAAAAUCAUACCCACUGUCAACGUUGGCAGCUUCCAGUCUAGGAACACGAUGGAGAGAUACUUCAAAGAGUGGAGAUCAGAAGCGGGAUACUGAUGCUGUCACAGACAUCAGCUGGGUUCCAUACGGGCAGGCGGCGAUGAUGAAAUCUAAGCUGACGUGAGGUAUGGUCCAUGAGAAGAGUCUCAGGACUGUGUUCCUCAUUCGAUUUGAACAAUGAUAUACCCAAGGUGCUGGGUACCUCUCAGAACCCCCAGUUCUGAGAGUGGCUCUUCCCAGGCCCCUUCAUUCUUAAUGUCUUCCCCAUGGAGGCAACAGUCAUCUGCAGCAAACAUGGACAUCAGACACAGAGCAUUACCUAUGUAAUUAUGAAAUAAAACUUUUAUAUGAUAUGUAUUCUUAAAUAAAAGUUAAUUGUAGAACUUACCGUA